AUGGAGAUGCAACAUCUGGGCGCGCAAGUCGGGGCGGCCCUCCUCUUGACCGACUUCAAUCUGGAAUACUUCCCCCACCGAGACACCGCCCAUCUGCCAGGCUUCAACGACGUCUACGACCAGUUCGAUGUUGCAUUCAACGAAGAAGAUGUCAAGAUCCCUCUGGAAGAGAAGCCCUCCAGCGACAACCUUGUUCAAAAGCUCCGUGACAUCGUCCCGGUAUUGGAGACAGACGACAGAAAGAUGUCACGCCGUUCACACAGCAAGAUGCCAAAGAAAGAGGUGGAAAAUACAGAUGAGGGUACUAUGAUGGACGGAGAGAUGUCUGACCACGAGUCGUUGCAGCCGAAGCUCAAGUACACAACGGGGCGUCAUGCAAAGAAGUACGAGAUCUUAAAGGGAAAGACCAAGUUUUAUUUCGUGCUCCACAUGAUCAAGAACGGGGAGAAACGAACUCACGGAUCCACGACUAUCCAUGCCCACCACAUGGUCCCACACUUUGCCGUCAUGUUUUUCGACUCAAGAUACACCUUAUCCCGAUGCGCUUGGCGUUGCAAGACGACACAUCUCUUCGGCUUUAGAGUUGGGUUCGUCGCCUAUAUCGCCGGAAAUCUAGAAGCUCCACCCGCAGCCAUGUUCCUUCGCUUUGAAGCUGUCGAGCAGGUGCUGACAAAGUCGGAACAACAACAUCAAUAA